GUUCACCAGUCUCUCCUCGGUUUUGAGUUGACCAGCCUCGUCAUGUCUCUCCCUCAGAGUUACCAAGCGUAUCGCCGCACCGAGGGCACCGCGCCUCUGACCAUUGAGCAGGUCACAGAAAAGCUCCCACCCGUCAAGUCGCAUGAUGUUUUGGUUCGCAUCCAUGCAGUCUCACUAAAUUACCGCGAUAUUGCCAUGUUGGACGACACCUAUCCGCAGCCGUGUCUUCCCCGCGGAAUCCCUGCUUCGGACUGCGCUGCUGAGGUUGUCUUCGUUGGAUCCGAAGUCAGCGGUUUUAAGCCAGGUGACCGUGUGACAGCCAUUUGGGAUUUGACCAACUUGGCCGGCACAGAGGAGCAAUCUCCAGAGGCUCUCGGUGGAGAUGUGGACGGUGUGCUGCGGCAGUAUGCAGUAUUCAACGAGCAAGUGCUUGUGCACUUGCCCGACCACUUGUCCUGGGAAGAGGCCUCUUGCAUUACUUGCGCCGGAACCACUGCUUGGAAUGCCCUCGAAUUCCCUAGGAAGAGUGGCACCGCUCUCCUUCAAGGUACCGGUGGUGUGAGCAUGUUCGCACUUCUGCUCUGCAUUGCCGCAGAUGUGCAGUCCAUCAUCACCUCCUCUUCAGACGAGAAACUCGACCAGGCCCGAUCAUUAGGGCCCCACGUCAGGACCAUUAAUUACCGAAAAGUUGCCAAUUGGGAAGAAGAAGUAGUCCGUCUCACCAACGGCCGCGGUGCCGAUGUCGCUAUCGAGAAUGUGGGCCCUGCUACUGUCAAGCAGAGUCUGGCCUCCCUUGCUCAACGCGGUACUUUGUCUUUGGUGGGAUUUCUUGGUGGUCUUGACGCUGAGAAAUUCCCUGAUCUUUAUUUCCCCGUCCUUGUCAAGCGUGUGACUAUGAGGGGUAUCGUCGUGGGUUCGAAGAUCGACCAGCAGGCUCUGUGCGACUUUCUGGCGGAGAAGAAGGUUUCCUUGAAGCCUCUGAUUGACGCCGUCUUUCCUUUUGAGAAGUCGAAAGAGGCUUUCGCUCGUCUCAAAUCAGGUAAACACCAAGGAAAGAUUGUCAUCACCUUGUAAGAUGAAAUAGUCACGAAGAAUCUUUGGGAAUGUCGUGUAAUCGUGUUUGAUAGAAAAUCGGGCAUGUACCUAAAGAAGGGUGGACGACUGAAAGGAUGACAGAAGACGGUGGAUGAUGAAAUGGGCAGUCGCUCACCUCUGCCGGUGAACUUCAGC